UGUGGCUGCUUUGCCGACGAACAAAACGAUAGCAGCAGCCCGCAGACUUUGGUUUGCUUUUAUUUUCAGCUUUGUGCGCUGAUUGGUUCGUAUUAGAAAAAUUUAUCUAAUGCGAAAUUUAAGGCAAUUAAUCAAAAUUGUAGCUGCGAAAAUCGUCAAGAGUUUGUGUCCAUAAAUUUUAGACACGAAUCAGAGUUAAAAAUCUUUUGAAAAAUGAAGUAAAGCCGCGCGGGACGUACGCUUUGCAGAACGUGAGCUGGUCUGGAUUAGUUAGCAGAACGAGGAAGUGGAGGUGCAAACUUCUCUAUUCAGAUCAUUUAGUCUGUGCUGGAAGUAAAUCGUAAAGGUGGAGAGGAUGGAAGCAGAUUAUAAUGCUUUCGCUGAAUCACUCUCUGCUUCCUCCGAAGAAGAUGAUGACUUCUCUACAGUUGAUGAUAGUUCUGACGAUUCGGAUGGUUCGAGUAGUUGCGCCCAACAACAACAAAACAUGCGCCAACUAUUCAACGGGACAUACGAUUCAAGCGGCGCACCUAGAAAUUUGGUACAGAAAAUUUACAACAGAGAACGGACUGGUAAUUUCGCUGGUACAACACGUCUGGUACACGCUCCACAACACGCUUUCGACCAGGUGCCAAAUAGAUUAAAAUUUUGUCUCAAGGAUAUUGUGCCGAAUUGCUUCCUUCAAGGACACAUGUUUAUGGGCCUAAGCGCCUGUGGUCAGUUUCUCCUAAGUUACAAAGUAUGUUGCAAUGACAAUAUGGUCGCAAGUCACUAUUCCUUUAGUUAUGGAUACAAAUAUACUUUGUACUUUUGGAUCUACCAACCGCAUAAACCACUCCGCAGCUACUACACAUGCUGCCUUUUUGAUGAUCAUGGUGUCGACAAUCUUAAAAAAGUAACAAUGACUCAAUGGAAGUGUUCCGAUCCUCGCAUUCUCAUCGUUCAUGGCGCAGCUGAAAAUGAAAACGAGGAUUCUUAUAUAACUUAUGUUAAAGUUCCUAAACUCGGUUGUUUGGACUGCAAAAAAAUGAGGGAUUACGAAGAUAGCAUAUCGUUCCGCUGGCAUAUGCUAUGCUUGAAGUGUAACCUCACCGUGCACACCAAGUAUUCUUCAACCGAAUCCGAUCCAAAAUUUAACUCGCAUAUUAAUCUCAUAUGUCCUGAACGCAUUCUAAUCGUUUCAAAUGGUUUUAUGCAUAUGAUGCACAUUGAAUUAUUGCCAUCCGCAACAGCAAUCAGCACUUUAUCAUCACAUCAACAAACUCAACAGUUGACAUCUAGUCGCAGCACGCCAUGCCAUGAAUCAUCGGCAGCGAGUAUAUCGAGUAUUGAACGCCGUAUGGUGCCCCUAACCGCCGAUGAACAAGCUAGUUGUGACAAUCACAAUAACGUUAUCGCUAGCAUAAUUGCGGAUUUUAGUGACAUUGAAACGGAUUCGACACAUUCCAGCGAAACUCCCAUUAGGGCGUCACAAAGUGAUGCAUCCCUCACUUCACCUGGUUCGGCUGUAACAUUUAUUUCACGCAAAACUUACGAUGAAGUAAUUUUCACAUGCAGCGGUAGUGCUUCACCUAAUGCCGCUGUCGUAUCUAGUACCACUACUGCCAGCACAAAUUCCAAAGAUACUGAGAGUACAGCGAAUACAUCAUCCGCUGGAGUAAAUAAUAGUCCCAACGGCGGUGGCACUGCUCGUUUUAGCCUUAUCAAUCACCGUGGAAGGCGUCAUCAUCGCAUCGUCACAAAAUCCUUCCGCAAUGGUGUAACUACCAUAGAUUUACAAACCACAAUUCCCUCUUCCAGUAGUCCAGCAUCAGCAACCAUGGCUGAUCGGUUGAACGCAUAUGAAUUCUCAGAGGACAAUGAAAAGUGUGAGAAGAUCUCUACAUUGCGCAAACGUCGUUUAGCAGACAAAAAGUAUGAAUUUUCUGAGGACAACUCUGAGAAUAUUGUACCGUUUACGAAGAUACGCUCAGCCAAAAAAAGCCUCGCGAUGUCACAUUAUAGUACAUCGUACGGCAGCAGCAGCACUUGGUCUCUACAUCGCUCAGCUACCACAUCUGCUGCUUCUGGCACUCAUCUAUUCUACAAUUCGCCAUGUGCUUCGCCAUCUUCAUCUCCGCGGCCAUCACACGCUUCACCGUCCAAUUGCGGCGAUGCUCGGCAUUGUACACCACCGCCCAUGCAUCGCGCGUCGCCUAUAACUUCGUUGCAGCAGGGAUUUCGAUCGCCGCCAUGCAGUUCCCCUGUUGCUGGUGGUCUUAUACGCUCACCUAGCCGGCAUGUCACACCAGCACACAUUUACGGUUCCAUAUCGCCACCACAAACAAUAUCAACAGCCACACAACAAAUGCUAAGCUUCAAACCACUGGGUACUCUCUCGCCAUUACAGGUGUCCAUGGCCAAGCGACACCUGGAUAUAAGUGGCGCAAUGUCGCCGAAUGCAAAUGCUCCAUUUCUGUCACCACGACGCGAAGAAAAUCGUGUGGUGGAGAUGCCUUUGCAAGGGGGCACAAUGUUAGAGAAGCCACUGUGCACGAAAAAGUUCAAACGACGCUUUGUGGAAGAAGAUGAUGCAGCCUCGGUUAUAACCAGUGAAGAAGAUGAUUGUAUUUCACCUGGCUAUCACACAUCACUGCCUGUUGAGGUGCAUGGCUCAUGCUAUUCGGAAAUGCAAAUGGUAUCUCAAGCCACAUACCAGCAACUCAAUUGCCCUAGUGUAGUGAUAACGCAGCACUCAUUUGAUUUGGAAACUUUCACAUACCAUACAAUAAGCGCGCUUUGCCAGAAGAACGAAAAGACCUAUGAUGUAUUCUACGACUGGGCAUGUGAGCUAAUUAGGGUCUGUCCGGUUAGUCAAACAAUUAUCUGUUUGUUAAUGGCACAGUUUUCAGCUCGCGACCAGCUACCGACUUCGCCAACAAACUGUCUCAACUGCUCACGUAAGUUGGAUUGCGCUUUUCAUCGACGUCAAUUUGAGUGUCGCAUACUUUUUACUUGGAACAUGGAGAAUGGCGAAUGGGAAGUACUUGACUAUGGCGAAUUGCACGAGUGCAAACUCUCGGAUGUAAUAAGUCCAAUCAAACGUUGUGGACGACUGCCAGUGACAUUAUCGGAAACUGCGAAAAAGCUUGCAAGCGAAAUGUCUGCCAGUCUCAGUAAAAUAGAACAAAAUUACACGUGUAAUCUGCGUGUACUCGACUCCAAUAUAAAGAAGUCCAAAUUGAGUGUUGCCGAUUAUGACAAUGUAAUCGAGUUGGGCUUGAAACGGCCACGCAACAGCGGCGAUGGUAAUGAUGCAUAAAUGCUGUGUUUAAUAUACAUAGUACAUACAACCAUACAUAUAACUAUUUUUAUAUUAGUAGUAUGAAAUAGUAAAGUAGUGGAGAUAAAAUGAUAAAUUAACAUAUGUAUACUUUGAGACUGAAGAUCGGUGUCAGAUUUUUAAACGCUCAAGAAGGAUGAGCCAAAUGCUCAAGUCAUUUAAUUAAUCAACCCUAUCUAAAGACUAUAAAUGAAAAUAAACUGCAAUUUUUUUACUUUUACUUAUUUAGGGGAGUAGAUAUGAAUAUUUUAAUUUGAACGUUAAUGUCGUGAUUUGUUUCUUAACGUUGUUUGGAGUCGAAAUUUCAGCAAGUUAUUUUUAAUAUGUUUUUUAAAUGCUUUGAUUAUAGAUUAGUUAUAGUUAAUUCUAUACAUCCCUUUUUAUGUUUGCUAAGGGAGCUAUUUUAGUUGUUUAAGUAUGGAUAAGAGAAUGAAUUUUUCACAAAAAAUGUGUGUAAUAUUUAAAUUAAUUACCUUAUGAGUGCUGUAUUAUUUUUCAAAUAGCGCUGUUUUAAAUAUUCGUAAUCGCAUAACGACAAUGCUUUGCCUGAAAAUGGAAGUCAAUUUCAGGAGAGCACAAAACGAGUGAGAAGUCUAUUAAAAUUAAUUCCCCAAAAUAUACAAUCCAUUACUCCAUAUUAUCUAUAUCAAUCAUAAAAGUAAAAAUAAAUCUUAUUUGAAAUAUUGUA